AGUGAACAUAAGAGUUCCGUGAUUUCCGUGAUGUCCUUGGAGGGAAAUGCAGAUACACCUGUCAGCAAAUAUAUGGAUCAGCUGUUGUCGUUAAUGGUGUGUAACCAUGAGAAAGCGGUACUUCAAAUACGGACCAACGAUAAGGACCUGGUGGGUCUAGAAUUGAGUCCUGCUCUUUAUCUGGUGCUAUUUAACAAAUCGAAGGAGACUAUCAGCAAGUUUUUUGACUCCCAAGGACAGAUUUUAUUGACUGAUACCAACACUCAAUUUGUAGAGCAAACCCUAGCUAUAAUGAAGAACUUGCUAGAUAAUCAUACUGAAGGCAGCUCUGAACAUCUAGAGCAAGCUAGCAUUGAAACAAUGAUGUUAAAUAUGGUCAGGUAUGUUCAUGUGCUUGGGAAUAUGGUCCAUGCAAUUCAAAUAAAAACGAAACUGUGUCAGUUGGUUGAAGUAACGAUGGCAAGGAGAGAUGACCUCUCAUUUUGCCAAGAGAUGAAAUUUAGAUGA